UUCCAAAUAGUUCGGUUUCUUAUACAGCGCAAUGAUAAUUCCCCUGCUUAUUCCUAUCGGUCUUCUAGUUCAUUUCUCAGGAGCUGAGAAUGAAGAUGUGGAUUGGGCAAACGUUCCACCGCGAAGUGUUGACGAUCGCAUUCAAAUAAAUCCUAAUAUCGAAGAAGUUUCUUCUGAAGAAGGACGUAUAACGAACGGAAAAGUUGCAGAACCAAAACAGUUUCCUUAUCAAGUAGGCUUGUUGCUGUAUUCAGAUGAAGGAAAGUCAUGGUGUGGAGGAACUUUAAUCUCUGAUCAAUGGAUUGUUUCGGCUGCACAUUGUGCUGAGGGAGUGAAAAGCGCUGAUGUGUAUUUGGGGGCUACAAAUCGAACAGAUCGUUCUGAAGUGGGACAACAGAUAGUAAAGGUCGGGAAGGACAAUAUUUUUGUUCACGAGGCUUGGGACUCUGAAAGAUUGCUGAAUGAUAUAUCGCUUUUAAAACUGCCAAAUCCCGUAGAGUUGAGUGAUUAUAUAAGGCCAGCCAAGCUGCCAGAAUCUAGAGACACCACUUCAUACCAAGGCCAAAAGGCAAUAGCAUCUGGAUGGGGUCGUGCUAGUGACACUGCUAGAGGAGCCUCUGAAAUGCUCCGGUAUAUUGAAGUACCAAUAAUGGCUAACAACUUCUGUAGUGUUUAUUAUGCGGGAAAUGUUAAGGAUUCAAAUGUUUGCAUUAAUACCAGAGGAAGAAAAUCAACUUGUAAUGGAGACUCUGGUGGUCCACUUGUUCUAGCCGAUGGAAGUGAUACACUUAUUGGAGCGACAUCAUUUGGAAUUGUGUUUGGAUGUGAAAUUCAGUUUCCUGGGGUAUUUACAAGAAUAACAUCUUAUUUGGAUUGGAUAAAUCAGAAGACUGGAGAUUCGAGUCAUUAAAUACUUUUAUCAAUUUAGAAGAACACAAAUAUACAAAUAAAACUGUGAA